AUGCACGACAUAGCGGUUAAAAGCGGCACGAACGAAGAUCGAGGCGAUCGCGGUGUUUGCGUAGUCCCGAAUCGCCUUGACUUUAUCAAGGUCUUCCUGCAUUCCAAGAAUCGUGAAGAGAGCAACAGCAUGGUCCAUAUCCACCCUGAGGAGAACGGCGAAGACGACAAGAAACCAAAAUCAGUUCCAGUACCAUGUUCUCAUCAAGGAUACAGAAAGACCAUGGACGAGCCAACACUAAUGAUUCCUAUCUGCCAUUACGCGCCCAAGGCAUUUGUUAUCACAGGUGACAUCGCUCCGAAGCCUCCUCAUCUGACCAUGGAGCAUGAUCUCGGCCCUGGAAAGAUUUCAACAAAUCCGUUUGUAAUUCACCCUUGUCGAUUUGAUGCAGAGCCCGCCGGGUCAUGGACCCUGAUGGGGAAUGGUCAACGCUGCAAGGUAUCGACUUGGAAUGGUGGUUCCAUAUCAGCCGCCCAGCAAACCGAGCUAUUAAUUCAACUGGAUGGAGUGCAGCGAAGGAAAAGCCGCCGAAGAAAUGAGUCCAAAGGACAUCGUCGCCAAUAUGGCCGAAAGGCAAAUUGCUGGCUUGGGAAUGCUACUGGUAUCACCAUCACUAUUCUCAAUCAUGCGAUUACUUCCACUUCUGGCCUGACCGAGCAAUUUCUGGCGGAAGUGUCGAGACUCAAGUUGAUCGCAGAGUUUAGUAGUACACAUUCCACUGCCGACUCUUUGCAAGUCCCUGACGAGGAGGAGGAAGUAUCCGAUCCUGGGGAUACAGGGAUGGAAAUACACGCACGCCUCGCACUCACAACAAUCUGUCUUUUGCGAGGCUUAUCGUGCAGGAUGCUUUUGACCCACCAAGACAAUGUUGACAGUAAAGAGGGUUUUGAAACCGAAGGAAACCUGGUGGCUUUUGCAAGACACAUCUAUGCAUGGUUCGACAGGGGCGUAUGGUCCCUCAAGUUACCAGACGGUUUUAAUGACAAGGAACUAUUCCCGAAAACGGUUGAGUUGGAUGACGAAGAAUACAACUCUGCCCGUUUGAUUUGGGCUGCCCUAGAGCGUGCCCAUCAAACGCACUUUCUGCCUCGCGCUCCCCUCAAAGGGUUUACGGAUACUGGAAGCGCCAGCAAGGUUAUAUUCCACGAUCUUCGCGCAAAACUGGUCGACACUGCUGCCACAGGCAGCCACGAGUGGUGCCGCUGGGUACCCGGACCUGCUUUCAUGAGUGGUGCCGCAGACUUUCCUGGUCCGCUUCCGUCUGAUGAAGAGUUUGAUUCGAUUACGAAACGGAACCUUGUCGCAACACAGGCUACGACGAAACAGAGUCGUCCUCUUCCAGUAGCCCAACACUCACACCCAUGGAUCAAUGAUCUUGUGCAAAAGCCGUCUGAAUACCGCCUUAAACAUGAGGACAAACGGAUGACUAAUGACUCGGAAGUCGUGUUCCAAUUCCACUGGCUACAUCGGAGACGGGAGAAACCUGACGAUGGAACAAGUCCUCAGCAACAUGACAAAGGACGAUCUAGAUUUGGAUCUGGAAAGCGGACAAGGUCAAGCAAGCAUAUCACAAGCGAGGCUAUUAUUUCGAAAACAACAAGAUGUUAA